GCCGCCCGGCGGGCUAUGGCGGAGAGCGGCGCCUGGCUGCUGGUGCUCGGCGCCGUGCCCUUCUUUUGCAGCGCGCUCAGGAUCCUCCUGCCCUCCUGCUCCUCCCUCGUGAAAUUUUCUAACGAGAAUUUGCUAACGAGGAUGGCAGUGGUCAGCCUGAAGAUUUCCUUGGGGGCUGUUAAAGCUGCCCUGAUGAUCUCUCUGAUCUGGAAGUACUACUCCGAGCCUGUCACGGUGCUUCCAAGCAAAUGGUUGGCUCCCCUGGAGCGCCUGGUGGCCUUCCCUACAGGAGUGGCAGGAGGUGUGGGAAUUACCUGCUGGCUCGUGGUCUGCAAUAAAGUUGUGGCUAUCAUGCUGCACCCCUUCAGCUGAAGGAACCCCAGCAGUCCCUGGACUCCUCAACUGCAUUCACAUUAAUCACUGUUUUAAAUUAAUUUUUUUUUAAAAAAAGGGACAGUUAUCUUUCAUGAGACAAGGUCUGGGGCAAUCCUUGUUAUUCCAUUUGGAUAUCAGUCGGUCCUUUUGAUUUCUCUUCCCAGAGUUUGCCUUUCAGUUUGGAAAGAAGAGCAUUGCUGGUUAUAAAACCUCCUUUUGGGUUUAUUCGUGGCAGAGCCAUAAGGUUUUGCUGUGGCCUGUUGUCACCAACAUCUAAAGGUGUUGGAUUUGUGGUUUUAAAUUGGAAAUGUGCUGGCUUUAGGAAUUAAUUUGGGAGCCUGGCUGUUUCUUUGCUGUAAAAUGUGGUAGCUUCACCCUGAGGUGGGAUCAUGUUGGGUGGUGCAGAGGGCAGAGGGAGGUGGUUUGCUUGGCUUGGGACAAAAGAGAGUUUCUUUGUGAUUUUUUUUUUUACCUUAAAAUUGGAAUAUUCUUGAGCUGUCCUAAAAAAAAUAGAUGUGUUUAAUCAAGAUUUUAUCUCUGUAAGAGGUUUCUUCAGCUGCCAAACACAGGCUGCUGUCAAUGAUGCAGAAGACAGUGCUGUUCCUGCAGAGGGGAUGCUGAUUUAGCUUCCCACUCUGGAAUUCCCACAGAGGAAUGAUCUGUUCUGCCAUUCCAGGGCCUUUUCCACCCUGCAGGAAGGAAGGGGCCAGGAGCCUCCAAAAUUGGCACUGCCUUUAGAAACCAGUUUAAAAGGUGAGGUUCUGUUGUGUGUAUAUAUAUAUAGAUUAAAUAUUUUUGUUUGUUUGUUUUUUUAAUGUUAAUUUAAAAAUUGGGAUUUUAUAUUAGGAAUUGUAUUUAGCCAACAUGAAAAUAAAUAUCAAGGUAAAAAUGUGAUUGAAUGUUAUGUAUAAUUGUGAUUUUAUUAAGGAAAUAAAGCUUUUCAACCCA